UUCCAAAUACAUGCAAUAGAGGUUGAUUGACUCUAAACUGCCCAUCGGUGUUCAUGUAAAUGGGAAGGAUUGUCUAUAUGUGCCCUGCGAUUGGCUGGCGACCAGUUCAGUAUCUCGCCUCUGCCCAGAGUCAGCCGAGACCCUAGUAAAGAUAAGCGGUAUGGAAAACGGAUGGAUGGAUGUAAUGGAAUUACCUUUUUGUGUUCUGAUUACGUAAUCCUGUUACAUGUAUUCCGUUACUCCCCAAGCCUGCCUGUUUCACAAAUGUAUUAGUUUGCAGGCAGAUGUGACACAUCCAACAUGGCGAACGUGCUAACGUAAUGCAGCAACGGGCUAACCAUUGGCUAACCAGCGCAACACGUCCAUCCUGUCAUCUUCCUGAUGCAACUGGCUCUCCUCUUGGGCUCGGUCCCCCUAGAGGUAGAGAAAAUAAUGCACCAGUGAACACGGCAACCUCAACUCUCAAGCAUCCUCGUCUCGUACUUGGAACUCAUGAAAUCGCAAUCCCAUUUGUACGAAUGCCAUACUGUGUUUGUGCGUUUUGGCGUAUGGGGGUAUUUAUUUUAGUCCGUAGUCAAGUAGCAAUGAGUGGCUACUGGUUUAUAUCGCUAAAUCCACUUUUAGCUGUGUUUGCUACUUUGCUUUCUUGAACACACCCCACUGAGUGCGAGUACCCAGAUAUUGUUCAAGGGGAAUAAUGGCUGCACAGGAGCCGUCUCCACCAUCUUCCCUGGAAGGAAACAAACCAGGCUUCCCAAAGAAAAUUUUGGCCAACAACCUGGAGGAUAAACAUUUGUGUAAUUCUUGCCUGAAAAUCCUACGAAGGCCCUUACAGGCGCAAUGUGGUCACCGCUUUUGUUCGUACUGUUUCAACAAAAUAGUGAGUUCUGGACCCGAGAAAUGCAACGCGUGCAUCAAAGAAGACUUGUUUGAGGAACCCACCUCAAUUCUCAAACAAGGAGGUGCUUUUCCAGACAAUGCAGCCCGGAAAGAAGUGGAGGUCUUGGUAGCUGUAUGCCCCAAUGAAGGAUGCACAUGGACAGGGACUAUUAAAGAUUUUGAGGCUAGUCAUGAGGGCCACUGUGACUUUGCCAUCAUCUUGUGCCCUUCCUGCAAAGAGUUGAUGAGAGCCAACGAACAGGAACGCCAUGAUGAGCGAGAAUGUCCAGAGAGGACACUCAACUGCAAAUACUGUAAAGAACCAUUCAUUUUAAAGAACAUCAAGGCCCAUGAUGAAAUUUGCCCGAAGUAUCCAAUGAUCUGUGACGGUUGUGCAAAAAAAAAGAUACCCAGAGAAAAGUAUGUGGACCAUAUUAAGUUCUGCAGUAAAUUUAAAGCACCAUGCAGAUUUCAUGUUGUUGGCUGCGAUACAUCUGUGGAAAAGGAGAAGAUCCAUGACCAUGAGCGUCAAUGUUCGUACGAACACCUCAACCUGCUUCUGCAUUUUAUCAUGGGCAUCAAGGUGAGCCUGGAGAGCCUGCAGCCUCAGAGCCUGGAGGUAGCUGGCCACAAGCUGCAGGAGCUCCACCAGUCUCUCAGAGACUUAGAACUCAAGAUGAGCCAGCUUGGUGGAGGUGGCGCUGCAGCGUCUGUGCAGGGUUCCUUCACUCCACUGCCCAGCGCUGUGGGAGCUGCCCUGGAACUGCAGGUCCAAAAUGAAAAGACCAAGGUAGUCGAGCUGAGCCGACGAUGCCAAGAGCUGGAGCUUAAAGUGAAUACGUUCGAGAACAUUGUUUGCGUCCUCAACCGAGAGAUGGAGUGCUCCUGCACAACCAUGGAAGCCUACAACCGGCAACACAGACUGGACCAGGACAAAAUUGAGAUCCUUAAUAACAAGGUUCGUCAGCUGGAGAGAACAGUGAGUCUGCGGGACUUGUCCAUCGUUGAGAUGGAGGGCAAGAUGAGGGAGAUGUCAGCAGCCACUUAUGAUGGGAUCUUUGUGUGGAAGAUCUCCGAUUUUACAAAGAAGAGGCAGGAUGCCGUCGCUGGCCGAGCUCCUGCUAUGUUCUCUCCUGCCUUUUACACGAGUAAAUAUGGCUACAAAAUGUGCUUGCGAAUCUACCUAAAUGGAGACGGGACAGGAAGGGGCACCCACUUAUCUCUGUUCUUUGUGGUGAUGAGAGGACACAGCGACGCCCUACUUAAGUGGCCUUUUAAUCAGAAGGUCACCCUAAUGCUGCUGGACCAGAACAACAGGGAGCACAUCAUCGAUGCGUUCCGGCCCGACAUCUCGUCCUCUUCCUUCCAGAGGCCCGUCAGCGAUAUGAACAUUGCCAGUGGCUGCCCGCUCUUCUGUCCGCUCUCCAAGUUGGACUCUAAAAACUCUUACAUUCGCGAUGACACCAUCUUCAUCAAGGCCAUUGUAGACCUCACUGGGCUCUAGGUUUUAAUCAGGCAUUCAUUUAUUUAUUUAUUUAUUUGUCAUUUGCAAUAUGCAAGAGUUGGAAACUAACUGUCACUGUUUCUCAUAGUGUACCAAUAUAAGACACCAUUUUCUAAACAUGGACAAAAAUAUUUAUUCAUCACCAAAAGAAAUUGCUGUGUAACGCUAUGUAACUGGUGACAGGUGUUUUUUUUAAUUGACCAACAUAGAUUAGCUAGUACGGAUACAGUGAGAUGACAUUGCGCCUGCUUCUUGUAACAGAGUUGAAGCUCAUAGUGUUAGUAAGAUUCAGGAAAUAUGAGACCAAGAUUCAGUGUAGCUCAUUUUGACAUCAAUGGGACUUUUGACAUCAAUGGGAAGAUAACACAGGUAGCAACAAAUUUGUGCUGUUCAUUUGUGCCCUAACGUUCUCAAAAGAACUGUAUUAUAGCUGCAUUUACUUGCUUUAAUUUGUAUUUGAAAGCAGUAUGACGAUAUCACUUAGCUUUUUGAACACUUGAGUGCAGUGAUCAACAGUCUGUGGUCAAUGAAUUCCAUGAAUUCUUCGUGCAGUAUUUUAGUCAUGAUUGUUGUGCAGUUGUGUAUAUCGGAAUGUAUGAGCGUGUCCUUUUUUAUUCUUGGGUUUUGUAACAAUAGUAGUCAAGAUGAAUUGCCAAAUACCACCAGAUUAAAUCUUUUUGACAGUACCUAUGGCCAUAUUUCACCAUUUUAGUACUUCAGUUUAACAAUGACCGUUUUACUAAUAUAGUUGUGUAACUAAUGUACUAACUAACAUUGUCAUAGUCUGAGAUUCUUGUGUAUUCAAAAUGUACAUACUGUAGAUAUUAAGGUCAAAUGGGACUUCCGGUUAUGCCUAUUAUUGUCUUUUACAUGCACUAAAAUACUAUUUCAGUGUUUCAAUAUGAUAGACCCUUAAUAAGGAGGAGGAACUCAAUGAUUGAUUAACAGUACUUUAUCUGUGCCAUCAUAAAUCGUCGGUAUGUACAUAUAAAAGGACAUUAUCCAAAAAGUUGGUGUACUUUUUCUUUACCAUUUUUAAUAACUAAUUAUUUUACAUUAAACAAAAACUUAUCAGCUAGGAUAGGCUCACACGAUCCUGAACGGGAUCAGCGGUCAAAGAUGAAUGAAUCAUCACGGAAAGCCCAUUACUGUCUGUGGUGAUUGUAUGAGCAUUUUUGACUGCCAUUAAUAAUCUUAAAAAUAUCUAUGUGUUCACUUAUUCAAAUGUACACAUAUAUCUGCAGUCAUAUGUAUUCUGUGGCCAAAACACAAUACAUCCCCACCAAAAAUCAAUUUGGACCCAGUUCAAUUUAUCUUGUACCUUCCUGCGCAUUAUUUUGAUCAGUGUGUACACUGCGGUAUUAUAAGGAGUUUUAUGUUCUUGUCAUUUUAAAGACUGCUUGCUGCAUUAUUGGUGUCUGAAUAGCUAUCAGGUAUAAAGUUAUUUUGCCAUUAAUUCAACAUUGUUCUUCAUCACUUCGUCAUAGGGUGAUCCUGUUUUAAAUAUUAGACAUUCAUGAUCACUUUUUUUUUUUUAAUUAGUAAAAUACAUACUGCGAUUGGCUGGCAACCUGUACCCCCCACCGCUUGCCUUAACUCAGCUGGGGAUAGAUUCCAACUCAACCGUGACCCUGAUGAGAAUAUGCAGUAUAGAAAAUGGACAGCUGGUUGGGUGGUUGAAUGAAUCUGACGUUUUACUGAGGAGCAAUCACCUAAAAAUUCAGAAUUUGUGUGUCAAAAAUAAUCACAAUUUACAUUGUUACAUGCACAUAUGUUUUACCCAUUUGUUUUGUUUGUGGUUGUAGUUGUGAUGUAACAUGAACCAGACCUUUUUCAGUCUAACCCUAAUUCUUGUCAUAAUUAACCAUAUGGGGUCUAUAUUUAUAUCUAACUAGUGAAUCUGUAACAUUGCUUUGCAAGUAAGAACAUUUUCCGAAAACACUUUCUUGGUUACACUUCCAAAUGUGUGUACUUUUGCUUCUGCUUCACACACAAAUGUGGAGGCUGGCAACUGUAGAACUGAUAGGCCUGAGGAAGGAGAGCAGUUCAAAGUGACAGAAAAAAUAUGUUAUGGUAGUAUUUCUGGCGGCUUUAUGACUAAUAAUCUACUAUUUGCAUAAAAAGUGCCUGUAUAUUUUUUUAUGUUCCAUGAACUCACUGAAUUCUGAAUGUGUUUUUAUAACAAACCACUUUUAAACUUGUUUUUGUGUAUUUGUUUUUCAAUUAUUUGUCAUUGUUUUACCCUUUGAUUUGCUGAAUUCUCACUGACAAACAUUGUUUUAUUAAUUAGAAACUUGAAAUGAAUGUAAAUAAAUACAAAAUUACAUUUCUGACA